CGGCCCCGCUGCGGACAUGCGCUGUGUGCCGUCGUUGGCUGGCUGCUUCUCUGCGACUCCACCCCUCCUCCAGACGAAGGCAUGGCGAGCACCGAGGCUAGAAGGGAGUGUGAGACACCGGGCUGCAGCAAGGACGCCAAACUCCAAUGUCCCACAUGUAUCAAGCUUGGUAUUCAAGGCUCCUAUUUCUGUUCACAGGAAUGUUUCAAAGGGAGCUGGGUGUCUCACAAAUUGCUGCACAAAAAAGCAAAGGAGGACAAGAACCAGAAUGAAUCAAAGAACUGUGUGGAGAAGGACCUCAACACAGACCCAUGGCCGGGUUACCGCUAUACAGGAAAACUACGUCCUCACUAUCCACUGACUCCCAUGAGGCCCGUGCCCAGUGACAUCCAAAGACCUGACUAUUCUGAUCAUCCCAGAGGGAUAUCUGAGUCUGAGCAGUUUCUGAAAGGGACGUCACAAAUCAAGAUCCUGUCUGCCGAGGACAUUGAAGGAAUGAGAGUUGUGUGCAAGCUGGCACGAGAAGUCCUGGACAUCGCGGCCAUGAUGGUGAAACCAGGCAUUACGACGGAAGAAAUCGACCACGCUGUGCAUCUGGCUUGUACAGCAAGGAACUGCUACCCCUCCCCUCUCAACUACUACAACUUCCCCAAAUCCUGCUGCACAUCUGUCAAUGAAGUCAUCUGCCAUGGCAUCCCAGACAGAAGACCACUGCAAGAAGGAGACAUCCUCAACGUGGACAUCACAGUCUACCACAAUGGUUUUCACGGUGACCUCAAUGAAACCUUCUUUGUCGGAGACGUGGAUGAAGAAGCGAAGAAGCUGGUUCAGACCACAUAUGAAUGCCUUAUGCAAGCCAUUGACUCUGUGAAGCCUGGCAUUCGCUAUAGAGAAUUAGGUAACAUCAUCCAGAAGCACGCUCAGGCUAACGGCUUCUCUGUGGUGCGGAGCUACUGUGGCCACGGCAUCCACAGACUUUUCCACACUGCUCCCAACGUGCCACAUUAUGCCAAAAACAAAGCAGUUGGAGUCAUGAAGCCUGGCCAUGUGUUCACCAUUGAACCCAUGAUAUGUGAAGGUGGCUGGCAAGAUGAGACGUGGCCCGACGGCUGGACAGCGGUGACCAGGGACGGGAAGCGCUCGGCUCAGUUCGAACACACUUUGCUGGUAACGGAGACCGGCUGCGAGAUCCUGACCCGCCGCCUGGAGGACAACGGCCGCGCUCAUUUCCUGAACCAAAUGUAGGCUGGACUUGAACACAUCAAGGACUGGACUUUCCAGAAACAAGGCACCCAGCACCUCUGGGUCUCUCUCUCUCUCUCUCUCUCUCUCUCUCUCUCUCUCUCUCUCACACACACACACACACACACACACCUCAAACACGAGGUACCACUCCUAGAGCUCAGUUUAACUGUGGCUCUCAUCGUUCUUUGAAUUAAAAAUCGGUUCCUCAAAUUAAAUGGAAGUACUUGAAUGUGUCUUAUAUCUAAUGUGGAUUGCUUUAUUUGUGAAAGGGAUGGAAGGAAAUAUGAAAGUAUUUAUUAGAUUUUGGUUUUGCUUGCUGGUUGGGCUUGACAUCAAUCCUGUUUUGAGCUCUGGGUCUUGUCAUCCAGAGUUUUAACUGGGUUGCUAGUUGUUGUCUGUGGUGUGUGGAGCUCAGGGCAAAUCCAGCUAAUACACCAUGCUUUGCUACUUUUCUCUCAGCCUCUGCUAACUGAAUCAGAUUUCCCAGAGAUGGACUGAAAAAAAUCUGCAAUAAUUAAGACAGAGGAGGGUUGCAGGAAACUGGGUCAACAAGUCUCAUAACCUCAACCAUAACCUUUUUUAGAUAAGGACAAAAGCUUCUCUUAAAUUAACUUUAUAUUUCAGGCAACAGAAAUCAUUCUCUGGCAGCCAUAUUGGAUAUCUUCAAAGUUUAACAGCAAUGACAUAUUUAAAGGAGCAAUUUGGCGUUUUAGAAAAUAUACUUAAAGAGUCAAGUUAGAUGAGAAAAUCCAUACCGCUUUCAUACCUGUGACUACAACCAGGAGACAAUGGUUUAGCUUAGCAUAAAGACUGGAAGCAGGAGGAUCCUGGUUUAAAAAUAAAAAGUAUUUUUUGCUCAAUCCAUGCAAAAUAAUUAAGUGCGAAAAUUUACAAAUUGUAUGAAUUAAAUGAUAUAUAACCUGUUAACCAGGGAACUUUAAGAUGAAUUUGUUAUGGACAGAUAGAGCCAGGCUCGCUGCUUCAUCCUUUCCAGUCUCUAUUCUAAUCUAGGCAAAGCUAAGCUAACCAUCUCCUGCCUGUAGCGCCAUAUUUAAUGGACAGAUAUAAGAGUUGUAUUAAUAUUUUCAUCUAACUCUCAUCAAGAACCGCGAGAAUACACUUUCCCAAGAUGUUCCUGUGAGAAUUUUGAAAGGAAAACAAUCAGUCUUUUGAUUUCUUGCUUCAUACCAGCCUGUUAGCUAGCCAAUCAGUGCCAGGUUACUUUUCACUGUCGUUUGUACCUGUUGACGUUAGCAGCACUCAGACUCGAUUGUCACACCCUGAAUGUGGAUAUUAUCAGUGUACAGUCAGUUGUCCUGUCGCGGACGUCAGCCGUGGUUGCUAGGGAGAUUUGCGACGCAGCCACACAGCAUCUCUGUGGAUAUCCAGAAUGAGAAUAAAGACAUUGAGCACAAAGUCGCUCAAGUGCUGAACUUGUUAAUCCUGCUGUGUCUCAUGUUUCCUAUAGCCCUGGUGUAGCAAAUCGAGCCUUAAAUGUGUGAAACUAGCCAGAUAUCUCGAGGCAUGUUAACCGAUGUUUCCCCUUUUCUCGACAGUCACAAUUUACCCUGUUGUGGGGAUUCUCCUGGUGUGAUCAGCAUUCAUUAUUUCUAUAUUUUCAGAGGACUAAUGGGAUCACAGUUUCUCUGCCAUCUUUGUAUUUCUUCUAAUGGAGUAAUAAAUGACUCUUCUGUA